UCUGGCCAAGUUUAUUAGUGGACCAAAUCUAUGAAAACCCAGAGUUGAGACCAGUCGAACACACUUCUCUGCUCCUCCAUUUCAGGAGUUACUUAGUGAAGAUCCUAUGUGGACUCUUAAACAUCUGGAGCCGGUUGCACCAACAGGGCUUACGCCUGGGCUUAAGAGUGUCACUGGCACUGAGCCGUCGCCUUCCACGAUCUGCUCACCUCCCCACUGAGGCCGAGUGUGCGGUGAUGAAACACAGAUUCCUCCGGGCCUCUGACAUUCCUGGUAUUGUGGGCUGCAUCGAUGGGACUCACAUCCGGAUCCAAGCACCAUCUGAUGUCAACCGCAAGGGAUACCAUUCAAUCAAUGUGCAGAUUGCUUGUGACGCCAAUUAUAACAUCUUUAAUUUGGUGGCAAGAUGGCCUGGAUCUACCCAUGACGCACGCAUCCUCCGAGAGAGUGCGUUAUACCAGGAUUUCGAGGCUGGAAGAGUAAAUGGGCUGCUUCUCGGUGACAGUGGAUACCCACUGAAACACUGCAUGAUGACUCCUAUAAUUGCUCCGAGGACUGAGCAAGAACGACGGUAUAACACCAUCCACACCACCACUAGGUCCCUCGUUGAGCGGUGCAUCGGAGUCCUCAAGCGCAGGUUUCAUUGUCUUCAUGGAGAGAUGCGGAUGCACCCUGAGCAAGUCUGCACCGUAAUAGCAGCGUGCACUGUCCUCCACAACAUCUGUGUCACCAAGAGGAUCCCUCUCCCUAGGCAACACCACCAGCCGGUGCCGGAGGAAGGUGCCGACCCUGUGGACCAUGCAGGGCAUGAAGAUGUCGGUGGACGACUAGUCCGUACACGUAUUAUUAAUGCUUUAUAAAUGUUAUAAACUAUUGCUUCACUUAAAAUAAUUCUGCCAUAAAAAAUAAGCCACAAAGAAAGUCCAGUAGGUUUAUAAUAAACUCUUUUUUUAAUUUA